GAUUACACCAUGGAAUAUGAAACAACUUGAUGAAGAAGAUCUAUUCAAAGAGUCACCUAACUUUGAUGGGUUUGCCCAAGACCAUUUGAGAAUUAAUGAACCUCAAGUCAUGACAGGACUCAAUAUUUUCGAAGCUGAGCUCUUUGGUCAGAAUGAAACUGAGGAAGACUCUUUUUCCAAAAUGUUUUGGAAAACUAACACUAGGUCCUCUCUGAGUAUUAAAACUGUCAGCCAAGGCACCUCUCAGAAGAAGACUCGUGGUCAUAGAUGGCGCAAGUAUCAGGACAGGAAGUUAGUAGGCACUAUUCUGAAGCUUCAGAAGGAGAAUAAGAUUUACCCAGAACUUCUUUUGGAUAGCCUUAAAAAGAAUCCGACUACGAAUAAAUAUUGGAAUCUCAUUAAAUCAGAUAUCCAAAUUGACCGUUCUGUUAACUUCCUGCAGACCAGAUAUCGGAAACUGCUUCGGAACCAGGAGCUUAACAGACACGAGAAGCUCUUCUUCGCAGAGAACUACACUAAGUACACUAUUGAAGAGUUCCAGAUAUUAUUUUCUGGAAAAACCAAGGCAACUUUGGCCUCCUUGAAAGCUCAGCAAGAGAAAAGGGAUUUUGAAGAUUUAAAGGCUGAUAAAAUUAUUAACAUGCUUCCUCAGAAGGAAGCAAAGACUGUUGAAGUCUUGCCCACAUCAAGCUUCGUAUCAAGUUUGAUAUUCAAGAAGGAUAUCGCCAUUGAUAUCUCUCAGUAUUCUAUUCAAGAAUCUUCCAUGAGCUUGGAGGCUAUGCCUCCAAAAGCUCUUAGAAAGAUGAAGUACAUUACAGAUCAGAUUUCAGGUGAAAUCUAUUCUAAACUACAUGCUUUGAAAGCAUCUUUGAAGGAAGAUCUUGCUCAAGAGGUUUAACUCUCGAGCUAAUCCUUCAGUACACUACCAUUUUUGGAUUCUCUAUGAAGUACAUUAUCA